GAUUUUCAGCUCCACAAAAAAGAGCAACUAUAUCUGAUAUCACCCCAGAUGAAGUCGUUACGGUUCCUAAACUUGCUCAGGAUCAGACUCCAAUAAGUGAACUGCAAAAUUUGUCAAAAUCAUGUCAAUUAACAUUACUUAGUAUUGUUGCCUCUCCAGAAUUUCUACAAUGCAUUCCAAUUUUUGCAUUUUUACCACUUUUGCCAUUUUUAAGCAAUCCUAAUGAAAUUGCAUCACUUAUUUCCGAUCCAAAGACUGAACUUUCAAAACUUCAACCUUUCUUGAUAGAAUUCUCUAAUGACCUCUGUACAGCACCAAAAUGUUCUGAUCAGUUGAUUGCAGAUACUAUCAAGUCAAUUCAAACCGGAUGUAAUCAAGUUGAUAUGAAAAACCCAAUAAUAGAAUUCAUAAUUCCUGCUGCAAUUUUCUAUUCUCCCGCGAGGGACACAAUAUGUUUUAAAGAUGCUGGAAACAAAUUUUGCUUAGUUGAAGAUGAAAUCACCACUUUAAUCAGCUUACCUAAAUCUCCAUUUAAUUUUGGUGGCGGAGACUUUAUUAAUUCUAUUCUAUUUGCUGAUCCAACAGCCAUAUGCACUACAUGUAACCAGGCGAUUUAUAACACUUUCAACAAUUUUAUCAAUAACAACGAUUUGGCUAAACAGUUUCUUGCUGGAGUUCAGGAUCUUUUGAACAGUAUUAGAGUUUGGAUUGCUGUUAAAUGCGGUAUUAGAUUUUAA